AUGCCGACCGCCCUAGCCCGCCUCAGCGUAGAAAUGUCCUUCUCCCCGCUCCUCUCCUCCUCAAAAUUCAUCCCGCUCUACGAGAAACACCGCGAAGACAAACCGCUCCCGCCCAAGCCCUUCGAACCCCUAAGCCUAAUCUCCUCCGGAUCCGAAUCUGGCUUCGCCGACUCCGAGUCUGCGGGGUGGAGCAAUACCUUCACUGUCUCUUCAACGGGCUCGUCCGAUACUUCGCUUCAUGGCGUACCCAAGAUCGUCGUAACGUCUACAACACACGCCGCCGACUUACGACCUCCGCAUACGUCACACACUACGCUUAUCAAACCGAAGAAACGACCGACUCUACGAUCUGUUCUGGCGCAGCUCGAGCAGACGGACCGGGAUCUGGCGCAUGAGGCGAAGCGUGUACGGCGCGCUGUUGAGGAGGCGCGGUUGGAGAUGGAGGAUUGGAGGGUCGAGAGGCAGGCUUGGAGGAGGGAGAUUAUUGGGUCUACUUGGAAUAGUCCGCGGUUGCCUGCUGAGUUGAGCUGA